AAGUAACUCCUGCGAUGUAGAUAGACAGCUCAGCGCUAUUACUUGCAGCUACUUCCUGUCUUUCAUUUCCAUCUGCAAAUUCAGCUUCAUGUUUCCAAUUAAUUGACUGAAGCUAAUUUUUCCUGGUUCGCACAUUACAGGAAUCAUCAUAUACUCUCUAAGCAGCAGUCUUUUACUAUAAUUACUCAGCUGCCUUUAUCUACUGCAGUCGCCAGGAUUUCACAAUGAACACGGCUCUGUCACGGGCUAAUUCCCUCUUCGCCUUUUCCUUGAGUGUGAUGGCAGCACUUACCUUCGGUUGCUUCAUUACUACCGCUUUCAAGGAGCGAGUGGUACCUGUCAACAUCCAUGUGUCUCGUGUGAUGCUAGAGAAUGUAGAAGAUUUUACUGGACCUAGAGAAAGAAGUGACCUUGGAUUUAUCACAUUUGACAUUAAUGCAGAUUUGCAGCCAAUCUUUGAUUGGAAUGUUAAACAGCUAUUCAUAUAUCUGUCUGCUGAAUAUUCAACUAGAAGCAAUGCUUUAAACCAAGUUGUACUAUGGGAUAAGAUCAUCCUCCGGGGAGAUAGUCCAAAGUUGUCCUUAAAAGAGAUGAAAUCAAAGUAUUUCUUCUUUGACGAUGGAAAUGGUCUGAAGGGUAAUCGGAAUAUCACUCUGACCUUGUCUUGGAAUGUUGUCCCAAAUGCUGGCAUUCUACCACUCGUCACAGGAUCAGGACAUAUCUCUAUCCCAUUCCCAGAUACUUAUAAAACAUCAAUGAGCUAUUAAUUUAUUCAUUUGUAAUGAAAAACUUUUUUUUUUUUUAAAUACAUUUUGGAAGCAUCUUAAAGUAAUUUCCCUAUAAAACAAUAUGCCCAUUUGGAAAUGCUAUGUGGGUAAGAACAUUCUUGUAAAUAAAAAUUAAAAAUCCACUUUUAUUUUUUUAUUUUAAGUAUGGUCUUCCGAAUGAAAUAAAAAAAAACUAUACUCUAUUCCCGCAAAGGCAAUAACGUUUCACAACAGAUACAAACAUCUGAGCCUAUUAGUUCAUGAAUGAAUGAACCUAAGAUUUUUUAGACCAUUGUUUUGUUUUAGGAUAUUUUUCAGAAAAAAAGAUCACCUUAAGAAUGUCUUGUAUAGAUGAAUGUGAGUAGUAACAAGAUUUGUUUUCAAAUAAAAUGUACCCUUUUUUGUGACCAAAAUGCCCAUUUUUCCCUUCUAUUGUAAAAUUUGACAUGUAUACUUAUAUACAUAUUUGCUUGAUUAUAUAUUUUCUGCUUUUUGCAUAAAAUAAAUAACACAAUUACCAUGAUUUGGUAUAAAACAGAAGUAGCAGACUCUAAAAGCGGAAAAGGUAAUGUAAAACAGUGCAGACGUCCCUCAAAAGCCUUUGAUCUCACACACUGUUUCCUUGCUUUUCUCAAAUCCUCAGAAUACUGUAGAUAACAGUAGACAUUGAGGUCUUUUAGAGGGACAUGAAACCCUCUUAGAUAGGGUAUAACAUCUUUCUAAUUUAGCAAAUUUCCAUAAUUUGUUUUGUAUUCUUUAUUGAAGGAGCAGCAUUGCAAUACAGGAAGCUAGCUGAACAAAUUCAGUGAACCAAUGGCAAGGGGUGUAUAUGUGCAACCACCAAUUAGCAGCUAGUUACCAAUGCAUUGCUGCUCUUGAGCUUACCUUUAAACAAAGCAUACCAAGAGAACAAUGCAACUUAGAUAAUAGAAGUAAAUUUGGGAAAAAAAUUGCAAACUCCAUGUGAUUUAAUUUUUGGGUUUCAUGUCCCUUUAACUCUCCCUCUACAAAGACCUCUUGUGAAUCUUCUCAUAGCACCUGGAUGUUUGUCAAGUCAUUCAGCAUUAGACUCUCAAGGCUAGUUUCUGUUGAGGUGGAAAAGUUGGUGAAACCAUUUUAUCUCCAUUAAAAUCCACCACUAGUUUCCAAACUUAACCACUUCAAUGGAAACUAGCCCUAAGUUGGUUAUGAUGCAGUUAAAUGCAACUGAAUCACUUCCUAAGAAUGAAGUAGCUUGUGGAUGUUUUUUUUUUUUUCAGUGCAGCAAAUCUGUCUUUGUCUCUUUCCUUUUUAUUGCAGCGUAUUGCUAGGUGUCUGAAAUAUCAGCUAUUGACACUGGAGGCUUACUUUCUUAAAUAUAUGGAAAUACAUGUAUAAUGUAAGGCUAAAAAGUGUAAAUAUCAUUAAAACUAUAUGGACUUAAA